CAUCUCAACCCGUGAAGCGAGGGUCCCGCUCCUCGUCCUCAUCCCCGGUGCCGGUGUCCCGGAGGAUGCUGGUGAAGGCGGAGGGGCUCACGCCGCCGGGCGAGGACGAGCUGCUGCUGCUGGGCUUGGCCUCGCCCGCCCCCUCGCCCUCGCUGCCGUCUAGCGCCGAGGAGGAGGAAGAGGAGGAGGAGGAGGAGGAGCUGCGGGCAGCCUCGCCGGCGAGGCCCGUCGAAGCGCGAGGGUUACGGCGAACGGAGGGAAAGCGACGACCGGGGCGAUCCCGCGGUGCUCCGCGAACGGCUCGGACGGCGGAGACCGCUCAGCGGAUCAAACGGAGCCGGCGGCUGAAGGCCAACAACCGGGAGCGCAACCGAAUGCACAACCUGAACGCGGCGCUGGACGCCCUCCGCGACGUGCUGCCCACCUUCCCCGAGGACGCCAAGCUCACCAAGAUCGAGACGCUGCGCUUCGCCCACAACUACAUCUGGGCCCUCACCGAGACCCUGCGACUGGCUGGAGCGACGAGGCUCGGCCCAGAGGCGGUGGUGGCGACGGGGCCGGUAACAGGAGGGGGAGGUCCCGCCGAGGGCAGCCCCUCGCCCGCUUCCUCCUGGAGCGGCGGCUCCGUCAGCCCCGCACCCUCUGCCUCCUCCUACGCCUGCACUUUAUCCCCCGCCAGCCCCGCCGGUUCCGCCUCGGAUGCCGAGCACUGGCCCGGCCGCUUCGCCCCGCCGCCGCUGCCGCCCCGCCGCUGCCUCUAGCCCGAGGGUCGGUCCCGGGAGGGGACGGCGGCGGCGGCAUCUGCCCGCUUCCCAGGGCAGGCUGUGGGAACGGCACCUGCCAAACCAAACUUGGGCUCUUCUCUCCGAUGUGCACUUUGUCCCGUUUUUCCCAGAUCUGUCACCAGGGCUUUUGUGUGUGC